UUUUAUUGCUAAUUAUGAAAUUAUUUGUAUUUUAUGGUAGAGGAAGCCCCACAGUUACUGGAUAUUGGUGUGAUGUAGAAGGCUAGCUUCGGGCACUCAGACUCGUCAUGUCCUUGAAGAAUGCGUUCCAGAAGCAGCAAUGCUGAGGGCUCAGCCCCAAAGCAAAUCCCAAGACAUAGCAAAUUCCAGGACAGUAUCCAGGACAUGAAGCACAGAGCACAAAAAAAGGACCCCUCGAGUGAGUCAGAAGGGGUCCUUCCACGUCCUGUGUCAGAGAAGUCACACACUGGCAAAGGCCACCAAACAGAAGACCUCUCAAGAGAUGACUUACUAUUUCUGCUCAGCAUUCUGGAGGGAGAACUGCAGGCUCGAGAUGAAGUCAUUGGCAUUUUAAGGGCUGAAAAAAUAGACCUGGCUUUGCUGGAGGCUCAGUAUGGGUUUGUCACUCCUAAAAAGGUGUUGGAGGCUCUCCAGAGAGAUGCUUUUCAAGCAAAAUCUGCCCCGUGGCAGGAGGACAUCUAUGAGAAACCAAUGAAUGAGUUGGAUAAAGUCAUAGAAAAGCAUAAAGAAUCUCACAGGCGGAUCUUGGAACAACUCUUAAUGGUAGAAAGAUCCCACCGGCAAACCAUAAUGGAGAUGGAGGAAGAAAAGAGAAAACACAAAGAAUAUAUGAAGAAGAGUGAUGAAUUCAUAAACUUAUUGGAGCAGGAAUGUGAGAGAUUAAAGAAACUAAUUGAUCAAGAAACUGAGUCCCAGGAAAAGAAGGCGCAAGAAAAGGAGAAGAGGAUCAAGGCCCUGAAGGAGGAGCUGACCAAGCUGAAGUCCUUUGCUUUGAUGGUGGUGGACGAACAACAACGGCUUACAGCUCAACUCGCCCUUCAAAGACAGAAAAUCCAAGCUCUGACCACAAGUGCAAAGGAAACACAGGGUAAACUAGCCCUUGCUGAGGCCAGAGCUCAGGAAGAAGAGCAGAAGGCAACCAGACUAGAAAAAGAACUGCAGACACAGACCACAGAAUUUCACCAAAACCAAGACAAAAUUAUGGCGAAGCUCACCAACGAGGACAGUCAAAAUCGCCAGCUCCGACAGAAGCUGGCAGCACUCAGUCGGCAAAUUGAUGAGUUAGAAGAGACCAACAGGUCUUUAAGAAAAGCCGAGGAAGAGCUGCAGGAUAUAAAAGACAAAAUAAACAAGGGAGAAUAUGGAAACUCUGGCAUCAUGGAUGAAGUGGAUGAGCUCAGGAAGCGCGUGCUGGACAUGGAGGGGAAAGAUGAAGAGCUCAUAAAAAUGGAGGAGCAGUGCAGAGACCUCAAUAAGAGGCUUGAGAAAGAGACAGUACAGAGUAAAGACUUCAAACUAGAGGUUGACAAACUUAGUGUAAGGAUCACGGCUCUGGAAAAAUUAGAAGAUGCUUUAGAUAAAAGCAAACAAGAAUGCUACUCUCUGAAAUGCAAUUUAGAAAAAGAAAAGAUGACCACAAAGCAAUUGUCUGAAGAGCUGGAGAGUUUAAAUGCCAGAAUCAAAGAGCUAGAAGCCAUUGAAAGUCGUCUAGAAAAGACAGAAAUCACACUAAAGGAUGAUUUAACUAAACUGAAAACUUUAACUGUGAUGCUUGUAGAUGAACGCAAAACAAUGAGUGAAAAAUUAAAGCAAACGGAAGAUAAGUUACAAAGCACCACCUCUCAGCUCCAAGCUGAGCAAAAUAAAGUAACAACAGUGACUGAGAAGUUAAUUGAGGAAACCAAGAGGGCACUCAAGUCCAAAACUGAUGCAGAAGAGAAGAUGUACAGUGUAACCAAGGAGAGAGAUGACCUCAGAAAUAAACUGAAAGCAGAAGAAGAGAAAGGACAUGAUCUCUUGUCAAAAGUUACUAUAUUGAAAAACAGGCUUCAGUCGCUGGAAGCAAUUGAGAAAGAUUUUGUAAAGAACAAAUUAAACCAAGACUCCAGUAAGUCCACAGCAGCAUUACACCAAGAAAACAAUAAGAUUAAAGAGCUCUCUCAAGAAGUGGAAAAGCUGAAACUGAAGCUAAAGGAUAUGAAAGCCAUUGAGGAUGACCUCAUGAAAACAGAGGAUGAGUACGAGACCUUAGAACGGAGGUAUGCUGCCGAGAGAGACAAGGCUCAGCUUCUGUCUCAGGAGCUGGACCAUGCCAAGAUGGAACUUGCCAAGUACAAGUUGGCCGAAAAGACAGAGUCCAGCCACGAGCAGUGGCUUUUUAGGAGGCUCCAGGAGGAAGAAGCAAAAUCAGGGCACCUGUCCAGAGAAGUGGAUGCAUUAAAAGAGAAAAUUCACGAGUACAUGGCCACAGAGGACCUAAUAUGUCACCUCCAAGGAGACCACUCCCUUCUGCAAAAGAAACUCAACCAACAAGAAAACAGGAACAGAGAUUUGGGAAGGGAGAUUGAAAACCUCACUAAAGAGCUAGAAAGAUAUAGGCACUUUAGUAAGAGCCUCCGGCCUAGUCUCAACGGAAGAAGAAUCUCUGACCCGCAAGUAUUUUCCAAAGAAGUUCAAACGGAAGCAGCGGACAGUGAGCCACCAGACUACAAGAGCCUCAUUCCUCUGGAAAGAGCAGUGAUCAAUGGUCAGUUCUAUGAGGAGAACGAGGACCAGGAUGACGACCCUAAUGAGGAGGAGUCUGUGCUGUCCUUCAGAUGCAGCCAGUCUUCUUCUCUUCCUAUGAACAGGAAACUAUGGAUUCCCUGGAUGAAAUCCAAGGAGGGCCAUCCUCAGAAUGGAAAAAUACAAACCAAGUCCAAUGGCAACUUUGUACAACCUGGAGAUCUAGUUCUAAGUCACACACCUGGGCAGCCACUUCACAUAAAGGUUACUCCAGACCACAUUCAAAAUACAGCUACUCUUGAAAUCACAAGUCCAACCACAGAGAGUCCUCACUCCUACACCAGCACAGCGGUGAUACCAAACUGUGGCACCCCAAAGCAAAGGAUUACCAUUCUCCAAAAUGCCUCUAUAACACCAAUUAAGUCCAAAAGCUCUACAGAAAGCCUUAUGAACUUAGAGCAAAGCAUGCCCCCAGUUACCAUGGCAACCUUUGCCAGAGCACAGACCCCAGAGUCCUGUGGUUCUGUGACUCCAGAACGGACAAUGUCACCUAUUCAGGUUUUGGCUAUGACUGGUUCACCUAGUUCUCCUGAGCAAGGCUGCUCCCCAGAGCCAAUAGAAAUCAGCGCCAAGCAUGCAAUUUUCAGAGUCUCCCCAGACCGGCAGUCAUCAUGGCAGUUUCAACGUUCAAACAGUAACAGCUCAAGUGUGAUAACUACUGAGGAUAAUAAAAUCCACAUUCACUUAGGAAGUCCUUACAUGCAAGCUGUGGCUGGCCCCAUGAGACCCGCCAGCCCUUCAGCACCGCUGCAGGAUAACAGAACUCAAGGCUUAACUAAUGGGGCACUAAACAAAACAACCAAUAAAGUCACCAGCAGUAUUACUAUCACACCAACAGCCACACCUCUUCCUCGACAAUCACAAAUUACAAUCAAGGGAGUAUGCAAGCAGAGAAUUCCAACAAGGAUCCCUAAACCCAAAUCUACAGGCUUCAGUAGACUUUGCACCAAAACACCCUUGGGACCUGUGGAUAAGUCUAGUCAACAAAAUGACUGCGAGAAAUUACACAUCGUAAGAACUGUCACCUCUAACACUUUCCUCCACAUAAAAGGGAAAAGGUAAGUCAUACCUAUGUAGUCUCUAGGAAGAUUCAUCUCCAGAAAUAGCUGGUACGCUCUAAUCACCACCAUGGAAGGCCAGAGAAGAACAGCCAUCUGUCAAGGAAAUAGCGAAGCAGCAAGCUAUGCUAUGGCUCACAGGUUGAUGGACCUGGUACAGGGCUUGCUCAAAGGAACAGCUCACACACAAUUUUCAACUCUCUACGUGAGCAUACAUACACACUAGAUCAUUCCUGCAAACCACUCGAGUCGCCAUGACAUUUUUAACCUAACUCAAGGCUGGACUGUAGCAUCAGCCCAAGACAAGACUGGACUCUACUACAGCUCAAGAGCUUUUUGUGAGCAAAGAAGAAAUCCUUCAUUCUAUGGAACUUUACCACAUAUUCACACUGCCUAAGGAAAUGUACUAGCAAGAAUUUCUAACUUGCUUCAUGAAAGUAGGAUGAGGUCCAUCAAAACAGCAUUAACAAUUAAAAUCAAAGUUUAAGGUCUAAAAACCAUCAUUUCUGUCUGACUAUAAGAAAAAAAAAUUCUUAGCUAUAAGGAGGAAGAAACAACAAAAUUAUAAUAGUUGAUUAUGUCCCUGGUGUGGCCUACCCAAUAACCAUUGAUGUGUGCAUACUUGACUGCUAACAUUCAGUCUCCUCUCCUAUUUCUGUAGCAGAUUUCCUCUCUAAAGAAGAAUCAUGGAGUCAUAUUGAUUGGCAUGUAAGAUAAGUCUUUAGAUUAGCAUUGUGACUUUCUAUAGUAGUCAGAGCAUACGAGAACCAAUGGUCACUACUACUGAGACUUUAGAGGAAAAUAUAAACCAUUGUUCUGGGUACUUAUAAAAAAGAGCAGUAAGUUAUCAUCUCAUAUGGCAUCUUUACUCACAUGCCUCCCCUCAGGGUUACACACAAAAACUGGUAGAUUCAACAAAAGCUUUGGACCAGGAGCCCAGGAGGAUGACAAUAACAGAAUACUGCAUUUAGUCACCAGAGGAUGCAUACAGAACCUUGGCAGUAACAUAUAGUCACUGUUAUUUAUCUCACUCAAAAGUCGUGUCACUGAAUCAAGAGAAAGGAGUCAUUAUGAACACAGUCUUAAGACGAGGCAUUUUUGACUAAAUGCAUUUCACACUUCUCAAAUCCUCAGGGUUUGAAGGGGGGUCAAUGAUUUCAUCCACUCAUCACUGAACACUAGAGGCAUGGGCCUGGAAGAAAUCCUCCUGGCUAAACACUACAUUUCCACUAGCUUUCUACUAUGAGCCCCCGAGCAGAAGCAAAGGAACUGACAUGCUUUAUACUCAGCUAAUCUGUUUCAAUGAGUACACUGAUGCCAGCCAGUACAGUGACGGGUGUUUCCCAGGAGGCAUUUAAUAAGGAGAAGGAGGGAGGGAGGGAGAGAGAGAGAAAAAAAAAAAAAAAAAGAA